GCCUGUAAUAUAAAUAUGACUGGAGUGUUGGAAGUUCAGACAGUCAUCUGCAUCUCACCAAGACAGAUCUGCUGCAGAAAAGAAACCGGAAGAGGAGACGGAAACAUGGCAAGACUGCUCGCAGCGGUGUGUGUUCUGCUCACUCUGCACAUCGCUUCAUCUAGCAAGCUGGUGUGUCACAUGACCAACUGGGCCCAGUACAGACCUGGUAGUGCUGCAUUCACCCCAGAGAACAUCGACCCGUUCCUGUGCACCCAUGUCAUCUACGCUUUGGCCACCAUCAACAGCUUCAACCAGAUCACCCCCAUUGAGUGGAAUGAUCAGCAGAUGUAUACUAGCCUCAAUGGCCUCAAGAACAUCAAUCCUGCACUGAAGACUCUGCUGUCUGUUGGAGGCACCGUAAAUGGAGUCAGUCCAUUCAUCGCCAUGGUUGCCAGACCGGAGACCCGUGCAGACUUCAUCAGAUCUGCCAUCAGCUACCUGCGUAGCCACAACUUUGAUGGGCUAAACCUGGCCUGGGAAUAUCCCGGACACAACGGCAGCCCGACACAGGAUAAAGAGAGGUUCACCCUGCUGCUCUCGGAGCUGUCCCAAGCCUUCGAGGAUGAUGCCAGAGAAAACAGGAAGACGCGUCUAAUGUUGUCAGCCAAUGUUGCUGCGAUACGCACGACCGUCGACAGAUCAUAUGAGGUCAACAAGAUUGCAUCCCACACUGACUUCCUCAAUGUGAUGACUUAUGACUUCCAUGGAUCCUGGGACCCUAUUACAGGACAUAACAGCCCACUUUAUGGCAGUUCUGUGGACUCGGGCUCACACAUUCAUUACAACAUAAACUCCUCAAUUUCCUACUGGCUGUCUCUUGGAGCACCAGCUGAGAAACUCCUGCUUGGUUUCCCAACCUAUGGAAGAACCUACCGUCUCAGCACUGCAGCAAAUGGCCUGGGAGCACCAUCAAACGGCCCCGCAGAUGCUGGACCUUAUACCCGCACUGCCGGUUUCUGGGCCUAUUAUGAGGUCUGUGACUUCACCAAUAGUGCAACUGUUUCCUGGAUCGACGAACAGGCGGUACCUUAUGCAACCUACAGCAAUGCUUGGGUGGGCUUUGAUGAAGAGCGCAGCUUUUCCUCCAAGGUUCAGUGGAUGACUGCCAACAACCUGGGAGGUGCUCAUGUGUGGACUCUGGACAUGGAUGACUUUAGAGGGUCUUUCUGCUCAGAUGGAGCUUAUCCGCUCAUCAACCAUCUCAGGAUGUCCAUGGGUUUUGCUCCAAAGCCAACAACAACUCCUCGCCCCACUACCACCAGAGACCCUAUUGCUGACUU